CUUCUCUAUUUCAUCCCUCCCUCCAUAUUUUUCUUCACUUCUUCGAAUUGGUGCCCGUGAGCUCAGAACUCUAUCUCUUUCUGUAAUAGAGAGAUUGGUUUAAUCAUUGAAUCAGCUAUUAAGGAAAUCAAGCACUACACCAUGAGUCCUGGAGCUAUGAAUUGUGUCCAACGUAAGAUCUAUCUUUACAACGUCACGUUUGGGCUCUAUAUGUUGGAUUGGUGGGAGCGUUAUCUCUUCAAUACAUUGGUCCUGGUGCUGAUGUGGUUCAUAUUUUACAAUAGCUCGCGGUAUUUAACAGAAUUUUGUAAAAGGCAUCUGUGGUGAUACCUUAGAAAGCGUAAACCUGGAAGGUUCAAUUUGUGAAACGAUGAUUUAAUGCAACCACAGCUUGUACUACUUUUAAAAAUGUUGACUUUGAGUCGGAGCAACUGUGCUUGUACUGCCUAUUUCUACACCAUUUUCUUAUGUGGCUUAUAUGUUCAGCAGAUUUUACUACUCCUGCUUGAUCUAUACUCCUGAUUGAAUUAUCUGAACAAAGAUUAUGGUUAUGACCACAGCUCUUUGGCUUGUCAUUCCUUCCUGAGUGCUUUAUUGCUCUCCCUCUAUGUAAUUUUUCUUACUAUAAAGAAACUUGG